AUGGUGUGCGGGGUCGUCGGAACGGUGACGAUACUGCUUCUUGUUAGCAGUAAGUUAGAUUGCAGCGCAAAGAGCAACGUCAUACUGCGGUCCUUCGACGAGAUGGUACUGGAAUGUGCUGAGCUUAUGUCGAUCACACCGUUGAAGUUGACCGCACUCCGAUCUGGUGUGUUGGUGAAGGAUACCGAGACAAAGUGUUUGCUAAGGUGCGUUGGAGUUAGUGGACGGUUUUGGAAUGAUUAUACGGGACUGCGGAAGGACAUAUUGGCUCGCUACUUUCUAGCCGAUGCAGCUGAUGCACAGAAUGUAAACCGGACGCAGAUCUGUCUCAACGAUCUGCCAGCCCUGCCGCAGGAUUCCCUGCGUUGCUGUAAUUUAGCACUGGAGUCGUUUCUGUGCUUCUUUUACAACUAUGGAAAUUUACGGCAGGAUCGUAUAUUUGUGCCAUUGGAUCAGCUGCAGCUUCAGCACGUAAUGGCCAGUUGCAUGGAUGUGCAUCAAAUCACGACCGAACAUCUGAUGAGUCAAGGCGAGGAAGAAAUGGAUGCAAACGAUAACGUUCACUGUUUGGUACGCUGUAUUGGCAUCAAGACCGGUACCUACAGUGAUCGUGACGGAGUGAACAUGGAUCUGGUUUACGCGCAGUACGGUGAAGGUUAUUGUGAAGCAGACUUUAAGACAAAAGCCUAUGAGUGUAUCAGACAACAGAGUGUUCGUAACUAUGGCGAUCCUUGUAAAAGGGCAUAUCAUUUACUGUACAAAUGCUUCGAAAAUGUACGCAACGUAAUUACGGAGUAUGAGAUACGCGAUUCCGGGGAGGUUUAA